UUCCCCAAAACUCCAAAGAUGAAGAUAACGAAGGUCUCUUUUGCUCAUUCGAAGCUCUGCUUCUCUUUCAGCACACUACACAACACUCACUCUCCCUCCAUACUUCACCAAUAUCUUCCUCUUGCAACAAGUUAAAUGAAUCCCUAAGUGCGGAGCCAAGAAAGAAAAAAUAUGCCCACCAUUUCUUCCAUGCUUACUACCACUAACAUCCUCCUUUCUUCACACCCUUCAACUUCCACUCAUCCUUCCAAAGUCUCUUACUUUCCCUCAUUGCACCCUCCCCUUUUCUCCAAAUCUCUUUCAUGUCCUUAUCCUCUAUGUAAGUUUUUAAGAAACCCCAAGAGAAUAAUUUCUUUAAAAUCAUCCGAAGCAGAGGAGAUAUCUUCAACAGAAGAUGAGUGGCUACAAAGACUCCCUGACAAGAAAAAGCCUCUGUACUCUCAUAGCUUACCUUGCAUUGAAGCUUGGUUGAAGGAUUUGGGGUUUUAUCAAAGCAAGGAGGACCGUGCUAUUUGGUUUAUUGAGAAACCUGAUUGGCAUGCUCAGUUGUCACUUGAUGUCACUGAUCUUUUUAUAAGGUACUUGAAGAAUGGACCAGGGAAUCUUGAAAAGGAUAUGGAGAGGAGAUUCAGUUACGCACUGAGCAGAGAAGAUAUAGAAAAUGCCAUUCUUGGAGGACCAUAGAGUCAAUGAAUGCGAUCAUUGCAUCCUUUGAAUGGUCUCGUUAUUUAUUCAUGGGAAUAUCUCAUAGGACUUGCAUGGUGCUCAUUCCUCAUUCUGGCACAUGCCCUCCUUUUUUUGUUUUAUUUUUCCUUUGAUGUAUCCUGACUUGCCUAAUCCUCCUUAAUGGGCUUUGAUGAUUGAUAAAUGCCUGACGGUCUUGCAAAAAUGGCCACUUUUGUUGAA